AACGGUCCAUACUCACUCUCUCUCAUCUCCCAUUUCUCUCUCUCUCUCUCUUCCCUCCAAUUCCCUUCCCCACUUCCCGCAUAUUUUCCUCACCUCCCUUUUCAGAUCUGCGGCGGCGGCGGCGACCUCUCCAUGGCGGCUAUGCCCUCCUCUUCCGCCUUGCCGGAUUCUUCUUCCUCCAGGCACCAUACUUACAGUCGGAAGCAGAAAUCCCUCGGUCUUCUCUGCUCCAAUUUUCUGUGCUUGUAUAACCACGAUGGAGUCCACUCGAUAGGGCUUGAUGAUGCCGCAUCGCGAUUAGGUGUGGAAAGGCGGCGGAUCUAUGAUAUAGUGAAUGUUUUGGAGAGCGUCGGGGUUCUGUCGAGAAAGGCGAAGAAUCAGUACAGCUGGAAUGGUUUUGGGGCAAUCCCUAAGGCGUUACAAGAUCUCAAGGAAGAAGGCUUGAAGGAGAAUUGCAGUGCAUCUGAUGGUAACGAUUAUGCAAAAGUGUCGGAUGAUGAAGACGAUGAUGAAAGAUUUUCUAACCCAACUGGAAGCCAGAACUCAACUGCGGCUGUGCCCAAAUCUUCAUCAUCGUUAAAAACCGAUAAUAGAAGGGAAAAGUCAUUGGCGCUCCUGACGCAAAAUUUUGUCAAGCUCUUUAUUUGCAGUCAUGUGAAUAUGAUUUCCCUUGAUGAAGCUGCGAGGCUCUUAUUAGGAGAUGGCCACAAUUCAUCGAUAAUGAGAACAAAGGUAAGGCGGCUAUAUGACAUUGCAAAUGUGUUGUCUUCCAUGAAUCUAAUUGAAAAGACCCAUACAACAGACACAAGAAAGCCUGCGUUUAGGUGGUUGGGAGUGAGGGGUAAAGUCAAGAAUGAGCCUACCGUCCUCCCAGAGUCCAGAAAAAGGGCAUUUGGAACUGAUGUAACAAAUGUCAGUUAUAAGAAGACUAAGGCUGAAAACUCAACCACCCAUGAGAGUUUAACUCAUUGCCUUAACAUGCAAAAGCAAGUGCAGUGUGAGAAUUCUUCGCAAGAGGGUAGCCAAAACAGCCAGGAUCAGGAAUGUGAACGAACUUCCAAGAGCUAUCAAUUUGGACCAUUUGCUCCAGUAACGGUAGCUAAAGUUGGCAUCUCAAACAACAAUGUGAAGCGGACUCAUGACUGGGAAAGCCUCUCCUCGACGUUCUGCCCUCAGUAUCACAAUCAAGCCUUAAAAGAACUUUUCUCCCAUUACGUGGAAGCUUGGAAAUCAUGGUAUUCUGAAGCAGUGAAGAAACCUAUACAAAUUUCUUGAUCCGCCCUUUGUUUCGUGCUCCAAAUAUUUAAUAAGCACACCUCGAUUAAGCGCAGUUUCUACUGCGAUUAGUUUAAAAAAUUUGACCUUAGUUUGGUUUGCAUUUUCUUAAUGCACCAAAAUAGGCAGGGGUCAUCUUUGAAAGUGCAAAACAUUUUCAAUAGAUUCAUGUUUGUUUGUAUUAUCUUCGAAAGCGAGCCUAACAUAGUUGUUAGUUAUUAUUUUUUUCUUCAUUUCCAUGUGCGUAUUUAUUGUAGCUUCCUCUUUUCCUCUACAAUGUUGAAUGAAAUGGGCGACUUCGCCUUCUGUUGAAAAGUGAUUUCGAAUUGGAACCAAAA